AUGACACAAAAAAAUGUUGAUGAAUAUCAACGAGCUCAAUGUAUUGCAUUAAGAAAGACCGGUAUGUCUUAUCAUGCAAUCGGUACAAAUGCUGAGUUAUAUGAUUUGGAAGAUAAUUUUAUCGUCCAGCAUGAUAAUGCUCGAUUACAUACAUCGAAACAAACUCAAGCAAAAUUACAUGAAUUACAUGCAAAAGCACUUAAAUGA